AUGGGUGACUACCCCAAAGCACUCGAGUAUUAUGAAAAAGCACAUAAAAUAAAAGAAACCGGAGUGAUUGUGAAUAAUUCUGACAUGGCGGUUUCGUACAACAACAUCGGUGCAGUGUAUAAAGACAUGGGUGAUUACUCGAAAGCACUCGAGUUUUACGAAAGAGCACUUCAAAUACGAGAAAAGACUUUGCCCUCAAAUCAUCCCGAUUUGGCUAUCUCCUACAAUAACGUCGGUAUCGCUUAUAACUAUAUAGCUGAGUACUCGAAAGCACUGGAGUUUCAUGAAAAAUCACAUAAAAUAAAAGAAAAGGUUCUGUGUGAGAAUCAUCCUGAGCUAGCUGUUUCCUAUAAUAACAUUGGGAUGGUGUAUUUCAACAUCGGUGAUUACUCGAAAGCACUUGAAUAUUCCAAAAAAGCACUUAAAGCCUUCAAUGAAUCGUUACCCGCGAAUCAUCUCAAUUUGGCUUUUCCUUACAAUUGGCUUGGAAAGAUUUAUGCCAGUAUGAAAGAUUACCUAAAAGCACUUGUAUAUUUCGAAAAAUGUCUCUCAAUACGUCAAAAAUCUCUCCCUGAAAAUCAUCCUCUUCUAUCUCUAACAUAUAGUAAUAUUGGUGAUGUUCAUCGGUUAAUGGGCGAUGAUGAAAAGGCACUUACUUUUCAUCACAAAGCAUUAAAUAUUCAAGAAAAUGUUCAAUGUAGUCCUUUGGAUAGUGCAUCGACGUAUAUAAAUUUAGGUGCAGUUUAUCGUAACAUGAAAGAUUAUUCAAUAGCAUUAACCUAUUUUCAAAAAGCAUUAGAUAUACGUGAGAAAAAACUACCAAAAAACCAUCCUGAUUUAGCAGUUGUAUAUCACAAUCUGUCAAAAUUAUAUUUAGCUACAGGAGAAUACAAUAUUGCAAUGAAAAAUGUUCAAGAAGCACUGGAAAUUGCUCAAGAAAAACUACCUUCAACUCAUCCACAUCUCUUAGAAUAUAGAGAAACAUUUGAAAAAAUUCAAGAGAAAAUCUAG